ACAACACCUCUGCUGCAUAUGUAAAUGCGUGUGCCGCUGCCGCCGCCUUGACCGUCUCAUUGCAUUCAGUGUACCUGGAAUGGGAGCGGGCUGCGGCGCCUGGGCCGCUGCCGCGACUGAGUGGUGCGGCCAGAGUGUGAUGGCUGGUGAAGACUUGUGACGGCUGUUAACAACUGUCGGGACUGUCUGGUCACUGGUCAGUGGCGGCUAUCUGGUGGCAGAGAAGCUGAGAUGGCGGCCGAACCGAGGAUGCUGGUGUUCUGUCUCGUGCUCGCGAGUUCGGUGGCGCGGACUUUCGCCCAGAGGGACGCGGGCUGCGGCCGGCGCGGGUUCGCCGGCGGCGGCCAGUGCCGGCCGCCCGGCUCCUGCUCCCUGUACGUCUCCGGACUGUGCAGCGGCGGCUGGAUCUGCUGUCAGAGGUCGGAGGGAGCGGUCACCUUUCCCGGGCCGGGGGCGGACCGCCGGCCCCCGCCGCUCACCCACCGCACAGUCGGAGCCGGCGCGAUCGUCUUCCCCGAGCAGGCGGUCGGACCGGAGCGUCCGCAGCCGGAGAGGGGUGGUCAGGGCACCGGGACCGGCCGCCAGCCGGCACAGGGCCGGCGCACCCUGCUACGACCGCCCUUUGAGUGCCGCCGAGACUCGGCCGGCUCCCGGCGCCGGCGCUCGGCCCGCCGGCGGCGGCAGGCGCCGGGGUUUUUCUGCGGUGCCACACUCAUCUCGGAGCGCUACAUGCUGACGGCGGCCCACUGUAUCACCGAGGAGCGGCCCGUGAACGUGGUCCGGCUGGGCGGGUUCGCGCCCACGGAGGACGGCACGCCCACUCAGUCCGUCGACUAUCCCGUGGAAAAGAUCACCACACACCCGCUGUACCGGUACCCGGUGUUUUACCACGACCUGGCGCUGAUCCGACUCGGCCGGCCGGUCACAUUCACACCCACUGUGCGGCCCUACUGCCUGGCGGCGCCUCACCAGGACCGGCCCGGCACCGACGCGCACGUGGCAGGAAUCGGAGCAAAGGAGUUCGGCGGUAAAGUCGGCGACGUGCUGCUGGAGGCGCCGCUGCCGAUCGUCUCGGCCGCCGAGUGUCUGACAAACCUGACUGGCGGCCGCACCACGCUCCAGCUGCCCCAGGGGAUCACGGACGGCCUGCUGUGCGCCGGCGGCGGCGAGUCCGGCCACGACGCUUGCCAGGGCGACUCGGGCGGACCGCUGCGCGUCGAGACUGACGACGGGCCGCGGCUGGUCGGCGUCGUGGCCGCCGGGGAGGGCUGCGCCGCGCCCGGAAAGCCGGGGCUUUACACGCGCGUGUCGCAUUACAUCGACUGGAUCGACGGCAUCGUGUACGGCGAUGGAUAACUUCGGGCAUGGGCGACUGUCCUGACCGGCGUAUGGAGGCUGCUGAGAUAGGCACCAGGAUACCGCGCGGUGGCAGCGCUCAACUGAAUUGUCAGAGCUGGCUGACCUACCGUCGGGAAGACGACUUUUCGAAGCACGUUCAGUGUGCUCAUGUUUGGCUGAUGAUGUAUAGCAUUGCGCCCAGAUACUACUGUGCAUAAGUCGUGUGUGUAUAUAUUAUAUUAACCCGCAUAAGUACUUACAGGAUCAAUAAAUUACAAACUGAAUAAUCUUCAAACCGUCCAAUCUUGUGGCGGACCAGCAGCAAGAAAGAGAAUCGCCAUCCGGGUGGGAGGAAGACCGGUGCUAGGGAGAAGAGACUUAGCCAGAGUUUCCAAUAACUGCUCCUUUUCAUGUUUUACAUUUCAGAACUCUUAAAAUGUCUUUCAAUCACGAAAUUGAGCUUCAGGCUUUCGUCGUUCACAUUUGGUCGUGAGAGCUGAUAACACAGUUAGGGCCCACAAAUAAUAUAGCUGCGGCGUCCAUCUUCCAUUGUGUGCAAAACGGCGCGCAAACCGCGCCAGAAUUCUAAUGUGCGCCUUGUGAGGGAAACACGGCUCUCUCUAUCGUCUGGAGGUUUCGAAAGAUGCUCUCCAGAGAUGGCGCUAGUAAA